AUGGCAACUUGGACUAGCCUAUUCUUGCUGUUGGGUCUUGGCCUUCUAGCCGUCGAUGUCGCGGCACCCUGGUGGAAGACCGCUUCCUUCUACCAGAUCUAUCCACGAUCCUUCAAAGACACUGACGGCGAUGGAGUCGGCGACUUGAAUGGAGUAACCGAGAAGUUGGAGUAUCUGAAGGAGAUCGGAGUGACUGCCACCUGGCUGUCGCCGUUCCUCAAGUCACCAAUGGCCGACUUUGGCUAUGAUAUUUCCGAUUUCAAGGAGGUCGAUCCACUUUUUGGAACGAUGGAGGACUUCGAGGUGAUGGUUGCCCGCUCCAAGGAGCUGGGCGUCAAGAUCAUCCUCGACUUUGUGCCCAACCAUUCCAGCGAUGAGUGUGAUUGGUUUAUUCGAUCGGCUGCCGGCGAGGAGGAGUACAAGGAUUACUAUAUCUGGCAUCCGGGUUUCCUGAAUGACGAUGGAGCUCGUAGCCCGCCCACCAACUGGGUGAGCGUGUUCCGUGGAAGCGCCUGGGAAUGGCACGAAGGUCGCCAGGAGUACUAUCUUCAUCAGUUCCACAAGAAGCAGCCCGACUUUAACUUCCGUAACCCCGUUGUGCGCGAGGAAAUGAACAACGUACUGCGUUUUUGGCUGGAGAAGGGUGUUGAUGGAUUCCGUGUGGAUGCUAUUUACCAUGCCUUCGAGAUUGAGGCUGAUGAGAAUGGAAAUUAUCCCGAUGAGCCCCGCAAUGAUUGGACCGACGAUCCAGAUGAGUACGGAUACACCCAUAAGAUCUAUACUGUUGACCAGCCGGAAACCCCUCACCUGGUCUACGAAUGGCGUCAAAUUCUCCAGCAGUUCCAGGCCGACAAUGGCGGCGAUGAGCGCAUUUUAAUGGUGGAGACGUGGUCCCCAAUUGAGAUCGUAAUGGAUUAUUAUGGCAAUGCGACCGCCGAUGGUGCCCAGAUACCGUUCAACUUCCAGCUGAUAAGCAAUCUGUACUACGAUUCCGAUGCCUAUCACUACGAGUACCUGAUUAACAACUGGCUUAAUCUGAUGCCCGAGGGCAAGAGCGCCAACUGGGUGAUUGGCAACCACGACAAGAACCGCGUUGGCUCUCGGUUCGGAGCCGAUCGUGUUGACCUCUUUAACAUCUUGCUUCUCACUCUGCCCGGCUGCAGUAUCACCUACAACGGCGAAGAGCUGGGCAUGCUUGAUGGUUAUGUCUCUUGGGCGGAUACCGUGGAUCCACAGGCCUGCAAUGGCUAUGAGUCCAACUACAUGGACAACUCCCGUGAUCCGGCACGAACUCCCAUGCACUGGUCGGAUGAAACUCUGGCUGGUUUCACAACUGGCAAUACCACCUGGCUGCCUGUUGCUUCGGAUUAUCCCCAGAGGAACGUGAAAACUGAGCGUGGAGUUUCCUUGAGCCACCUGAACGUGUUUAAGCGGCUGCAGCAGCUACGCCAAGAGCCCAGCAUCCAGGAGGGUUCCUCCGAGAUCAAGGCUGUUAGCAACUACGUCCUGGCAGUAAAGCGCCACUUGAGCGGGGACUACGUCUACAUCUCGCUGUUCAACAUCUUCGACUCCAUUGAGAAUGUUAACCUAUCUAAUGUCUUCGGCAACCUGCCCGCCAAGUUCCAGUAUGCUUUGGUGACCGAGAAGUCCAUUAAGAAGGUCGGCGACCAGUUGUCCACCAGCAGCGUGACCCUCAUGCCCCACGAGGCCAUUGUUCUGCGUUCUACAACCACGGCUUAGGUUAUUUCAAUGGGGUGAUGAUUGUACAAUUGAUUAGCACUAUGAAUCACUUUUUAUAAAUUUGAGGAUAUAAAUGCUUUCGAUAACA